UAGCGGUCGCGGCGCGCGCAGGCUUAUUAGCUGCGGAUGCACGCGCUGGUCCUGUUCCUUUAAAAGCGCUCGCGCUCCGUUAAGCAUCUCGGGGCGCAUCCUCUGAGCGCGUGCGGGCUUCUGUGUUCCUCCACAACAGCUGCGGGCGUUUAUGUGAAGAUCACCGCAGUAACGACGCUCAUAAAGGUUUGUGCUUGAAAAAUAAAGAACCCCUUCAUCUAAUAGCUCUUGGAUCCCUAGAGAUGGAAGGUCAGUGAGUGUCUCUCUCUAUGGCUCAGAGGAAGAGGCCUGGGCCCAGCAGCAGCAUGGCCUCAGCAGAGCUUCAUGCUCCAGCACCAUGCCCCUGCCCCGCCACCUAUCCUAGCAAAGAGUGUGAAGAGCGACAAGACACUGAAACCCCUGUACCCCCUUAUUGUGAGCAGGAAGAGGUGGACUUGCCCAGCAGCCAUCCUGCCACUCCAGAGCACACCCACUCUAAUUAUCAUGGCCAUCCAGACAGCCUUGAUGGAGACUCCAGCUCAGACUACGUCAACAAUACAUCCGAGGAUGAAGAGGAUUAUGAUGAAGGUUUGCCUGAAGAAGAUGAGGGAGUGACGUACUACAUCCGUUAUUGUCCGGAGGAUGACAGUUACAUGGAGGGAAUGGACUGUAAUGAGGGCAGGUAUGAGCGUGCUGAGCCACCUCCAGACACAGAUGAGUGCCAAGAAGCAGUGGAGGAGUGGGUGGAGGGUGAGGGUGAGGUGCGCUGUGAAGUUCUGGAGCAGGACUCUGACCAGCAGAUAUAUGACGGGAGACCUGAACCAGUCCUCGAUCACCAUCUGCACCAUAAGUACCAUCACCAGGACCAAGCUCUUCCUCAAACCCAGGAACAAGAGGAGGAGGAUGAGGAGAGUGAGGAGUACUGCGCUAAUGAAGAAGAGGAACCAGAGGAGGAGCAAGACAGAGAGGCCUACACAGGGGACUACUAUGCCCCAGAGGACAAUGGGAACUCCAUGUAUGCAGUCCACAAGGUCAUAGAAGGUGAAACAGGUGAAGAAACGGAGGAAGACAUUGAUCAAAUUGUGGCUGAGAUUAAGAUGAGCAUGAGCAUGGGCAGCCUUAGCAGUGGGGCUGAUCAGAGCCCAGAGGAGUUGGCACCCGUGCCUGGGCGUUACCAGGCUGAAGCUGAGCCCAAAGCUGAACCAGCACCUUAUCCCCCACCACACCGCCAUGAUGGAAGACCGAAAACCCUCAACAUCCCCCCUGCCGGGCACAACCCACAGCCACAGAGAAGCUCAAAAGGGCACUUGCACACUCCAGAGGAGAGGAGGAGAUGGCCACAAGAGCAGCACAGGGAACAGGUGUCAAACAGUGCAGAGCAGCCAAGAAAACAGCAACGCUCAGAUCUCAAUGGACCUCUGGAGAACAACAACGUCUCUGAGCCAGCGAAGAAGACAGCAUCUUUCCCCAGCUUUGUUGAUGUUCCAGGGCCGUGUGAGCCUGAGGACCUUAUUGAUGGGAUCAUCUUUGCUGCCAACUACCUGGGUUCCACGCAGUUGCUGUCGGAGAGAAACCCGUCUAAAAACAUCCGCAUGAUGCAGGCACAGGAAGCUGUGAGCCGAGUCAAGAGAGUUCAGAAGGCAGCCAAAAUCAAGAAAAAGGCGAACUCUGAAGGGGACACACAGACACUGACGGAGGUGGACCUCUUCAUCUCCACCCAGAGGAUCAAAGUCCUCAAUGCAGACACACAGGAGACGAUGAUGGACAAUGCCCUGCGUACUAUCUCAUACAUCGCUGACAUUGGAAACAUCGUGGUUCUGAUGGCACGCAGACGCAUGCCGCGCUCCGCCUCACAGGACUGCAUUGAGACCACCCCGGGUGCUCCAGAGGCCAAGAAACAGUACAAGAUGAUCUGCCAUGUCUUCGAGUCUGAAGAUGCCCAGCUCAUAGCACAGUCUAUCGGUCAGGCGUUCAGCGUGGCCUACCAGGAGUUCCUCCGAGCUAACGGCAUCAACCCAGAGGACCUGAGCCAGAAAGAGUACAGUGACAUCAUCAACACACAGGAAAUGUACAACGAUGACCUCAUCCACUUCUCCAACUCAGAGAACUGCAAGGAGCUGCUGUUGGAAAAGCAGAAGGGUGAAAUUCUGGGUGUAGUAAUAGUGGAGUCUGGCUGGGGCUCCAUCCUGCCCACAGUGAUUCUAGCCAACAUGAUGAACGGAGGACCAGCUGCACGCUCAGGGAAGCUCAGCAUCGGAGAUCAGAUCAUGUCCAUCAACAACACUAGUCUGGUGGGGCUGCCACUCGCCACCUGUCAAGGCAUCAUUAAGGGUCUAAAGAACCAGGUGCAGGUGAAACUGAACAUCGUAAGCUGCCCUCCUGUGACCACAGUCCUCAUCAAAAGACCUGACCUCAAAUACCAGCUGGGCUUUAGCGUGCAGAAUGGCAUCAUAUGUAGUCUGAUGCGUGGCGGUAUAGCUGAGCGAGGAGGAGUCCGGGUUGGCCAUCGGAUUAUUGAAAUAAAUGGGCAAAGCGUGGUGGCUACAGCCCAUGAGAAGAUUGUCCAAGCAUUGUCCAACUCUGUGGGCGAGAUCCAUAUGAAGACAAUGCCAGCGGCCAUGUUUAGGCUCCUAACUGGCCAGGAGACUCCCAUGUACAUCUGAAUGAAUGAUAUAAGACUUUUAAUGGACACAUCUUUGUCUAAGGAUCUCUGUCUUUUGUCAGAUCAUCUCUCUUCUUUUGAUUCACAGAUAAUAACUCUCUUGUCUCUCUUGUUUUCUCCUAACCCCCAUAUAACAGUUGGCCAUUUUCCAAUGAUUCUGUGGAUUUUGUUUGUGGCAUUGUGUGUAUACUCAGUGGGCGUUCAGUCGGAUGAUAAAAGACUGAACCAAUGCAUCAUUUUUUUCUUAUAUGCAAAUAAAAAGGGGAGCUUAUGUAUAUUUAUUUCAGCUUCCCUUACAGCUCUUUUAUUUAUUUUAAUUAUCGAUAAAGUGUCUUGCUCCUGUCUGUGAACUAUGUCGGAAAGUUUGUGCUGUAAAUAUUUAUUCAUUCUGUCAGCGGAUGGGAAAAGCAAAGCCAGGGUGAAAAGUCCACCCAUGUAAUACCCAAAAAUAGUGAGAACGGUGACUGUAUCUGGAUUGGGAAGAGUUGUGCCAAAAAAAACUCUAGCUAUAUACAACUUUUUUUUAAAAAUAAGCUCAUGUAACAGUGUACCUUUUCUUUUCAAUAAUCACCAUUUUGCUGUAGAACAAGUUUCGCUUUCCCUCUAGCAGGUGCAGAGAGAUAUAUUAAAGUCAUGUAUCAUUUCAUUAGUCUAAUGUCUAACACAUGAAUAAAAACCAAAUGAUAAAUGACAUGAAGUUACAAGCAUUUAUAAUUAUUAUUACCCCUUGUAAAAACUUGUUACAGAGAAAGCAGAAUGCAAGCAGAAAUCACUAAAGUACAGCCACAUGUGAACUUGCACUCUUGAAAAGUUAGACAAGGCUUUAUAAUGCAAGAUAUUGAAUUUGGUCAGUUAGUGCUGUAAGCAUUGUAUCAGCGAUUUUGUGUAUACAAGCUUUAACAUUUGUUAAGCAUGACUUAUACAUCAUGUACUGAGACAGAUACAUCCUGUCCCAACAUUAAAUGACCACAGUGGAUGUUUUAAUGAUACAAACACUCUAACUAUCAUAUAUCUCUAUUUUUCUCUUACUUUAUGAAAUGUAGCACUUGCUAGAUGGGAAAGCACAUCUUUUGUGCAGGCAGAAUUUAGUGCUAAAUUAACCGACCUACAAACUAUACUGAUGGGAAACCCAUACGCUUCUGUUUUAGAUUAUUUUGCAGAGCAUUUCAUAAGGUAUACAGCCACAAACAUACCCUCGCAUUAUCUCCUUACUUUCCAAGUGAUAUUAGAAAUCCAGUGCAAUUGUAUGGCAAUGUGUUUAAUUAUAAGGGGUUGUCACUUGCUUGCAGUUGCUAGCCAUAUUUAUUUAAAAAAAAGUUAUAACACUUUAAACUUUCCUUACAGUGAAUUUUCAUUUGAUUUGAUAUUUGCGUAAACAUAUCGAGGGCUAUAUUUGACCAUGUGUAUAUACAGGCAUUACUUCAGACUGUCAGCAGGGGAAGCUGCUUUUCAAUGGUCAUAUUGGUGACUCUCUGAAUUCGGUCACUUUUACUUGAAUCUAUCCGGGAGGUUGAUAGGGAUGUCUAAAUAAACAGUUUUGAAUGUCUCAAUAAGUAAAUAAUAACUGGCAUCGCAAGACAUAUUAAUAGCUGCAGUUAACCUCAAUACAAUAUAUGGCACAAUGAAAUGGCUUUUCUACAUCAUUACAAGAAUAUACCCCACAAUAAAUCUUUAGAACGUUAUAAGUCCAGAGUUUGGAAGAAUCACAAAUCUGUUGUACAUACAAAGCAACUCCAAACAGAAAGGAACAUUUUUAUAUUCUGAUUCAUCACCAAAAAAUAAGAGUCGACUUCAUUUGGUGGGCAUUAAAUCGUGUUUGUUUGGGUUUUUUUUAAACAUGGCAGUGCACAAACUUUUUGUAACCUACCACAUGUUAAACACAAUUAUCCCACCAUAUCAUAAUAAUCCAAUAAACCUAACAAUAACCAUCAUGUAAAGUACUUUUUUUUUUUUUUUUUGAAACUGUAUCAUAUCUAAAAGUUUAUUUUUUAUGUGUUUUAUGUCCAUUUUUGUGCGUGCUUGACGAAAACUCAUUCGAGUUGUGAAUGUAAACGUGUUGUUAAUAGUGCAUCCAUUACCUUGCGCAGUAUUAGAAUGUCUGUACAUAAACACGAACAUUGUUUAGUAAAAGUGCCCAGAUUAGGAUGGCACUGACUCUGUUAACUCUCCCUCUCCCUGCUUCGUGUCAGGCUUCUGCCUUGAGGAAAUAAAUUCACACUGUGAUCAGAAGCCUUACUGCAGAGUAAGAGCUUUGGGGAAUAUGAGAAAAGGUGAAACAAGGAAAGUCACAAAGAUUAAUAGUUACCUGUUUGCAUGCAGCAUAAAUGUCAAAAUGGGGAAAAAAAAGACAAAAAAACAAACAAACAAACAAAAACAAUAACAAUAAAAUGUAACAUAAGCCAU